GAUACCUGGACAGCUAUGACGGGGUCCUCGUGCACAGGAGGCGGACAAGUGCCUUCUUUGCGCCCCGCCCUUUCACGCGACGUCCGCGCGCAGGCGCAGAGGGCUGGUUGCAACGGAUGUGCCAACAUGGGAACACCACAAAAAGAUGUCAUAAUAAAAAAUGAUGCACCAGCUACAUUGUUCUUAGAAAAGCAUGCAGACUACAUAGCUGCUUAUGGAACGAAGAAAGAUGAUUAUGAAUACUGUAUGUCAGAAUAUUUAAGAAUGAGUGGCGUUUAUUGGGGAUUGACAGUAAUGGAUCUUAUGGGACAGCUGCAUCGUAUGAGCAAAGAAGAAAUUCUGGAAUUUAUUAAAUCAUGUCAACAUGAAUGUGGGGGAAUAAGUGCCAGCAUAGGUCAUGAUCCUCACCUUUUAUAUACCCUUAGUGCUGUCCAGAUUCUAACUCUUUAUGACAGUCUCCAGGUUGUUGAUGUAAAUAAGAUUGUAGAAUAUGUGAAGAAGCUGCAAAAGGAGGAUGGAUCAUUUGCUGGAGAUAAAUGGGGAGAAGUAGAUACAAGGUUUUCUUUUUGUGCAGUUGCAACAUUAGCCCUUCUGGGCAAACUGGAUGCCAUUGAUGUGGACAAAGCAGUAGCAUUUGUAUUGUCCUGUAUGAACUUUGAUGGAGGGUUUGGUUGUAGACCAGGAUCUGAAUCUCAUGCAGGACAGAUCUAUUGUUGCACAGGAUUUCUGGCCAUAACUGGCCAGCUGCAUCAAAUUAAUGCUGAUCUACUAGGCUGGUGGCUUUGUGAACGUCAGUUACCAUCUGGAGGGCUAAAUGGAAGGCCAGAGAAGUUGCCAGAUGUAUGCUAUUCCUGGUGGGUGCUGGCAUCUUUGAAGAUAAUUGGCAGGUUGCAUUGGAUUGACAGAGAGAAAUUGUGCAGCUUUAUUUUGGCCUGUCAGGAUGAGGAGACUGGAGGAUUUGCUGACAGGCCAGGAGAUAUGGUGGAUCCAUUUCACACCUUGUUUGGAAUUGCUGGACUAUCAUUAUUGGGAGAAGAACAAAUCAAGCCAGUAAAUCCUGUGUUUUGUAUGCCUGAAGAGAUCCUUCGAAGAGUAAAUGUACAACCAGAACUUGUGAGCUAGGUGUUAAUAUGUACAACCUUCCCGUAAUGGCUGCUUUCAAUUUUUCCAUCAGAAGACAUUUCUAAAUGUGUUUACAUGAUAAAUCACCACUUUACUGUAAGCGCUAUGAAUUUAUAUGUGGAGUGUAUCCAAAGUAAAUAAACAUUGUUACAUGUGCUUGAGGUUUUCAAUAACAGAUGUAUAUAACACAUUUAAAUUGUCUUUAUAAAUAUGUCUGCCUCUUGGCUAGGCUCCAGUCAUGUUCCAUCAAAACACUAUUAGGCACAGUAGAUGAAUACUUGAAUUGUGACUUUCUAUUUAUGACACAAUCAUUUGCUCUUCUUGGUCUUAGCAUGUACUGAGCAAUGAAUUGUCCUCAACACUUUGUAUUGGGAAAAAAUUACUUGUUUUUGCCAGUGACACUUUAUGCACUUGAGUUUUUGUUUAUGAUCUAUAGUUUUUUAUCCAGUUUCAAUCACAUUUUCUUGUACUACAUGAAGGUAGAAAUUUUAUGUUACUAGUGGCAUACUUUAAUGAAGGUUAUAAUUGCAUUCUUGAUGUCUCUUGAUUUAAACCAAUGGCCUUGCUUAAUUCCUCAGUUUGUUCCUUUGAUUUAAGGUAUUUAUUGUAACUGAUGAAUCCCAAUUUUAGUAGCACUUAACACUAGUUGUACAGUCUAAAAUAAAGCUAUAGAACAAAAUUGUUUUCUAUAGGAUGAAUUAUCUGCUUUUGCUGGAACACUAGAAGUGCCUCCAUUUCACAUUUGUCACAUUUGUGCAUUUAUAACUUAACUGAGAUCUUAAAUAUAAAAUGGGAUUCUGCUUGAAAUAAAUUAAAGGAAAUUGUAAAUGCUUAAA